GCCCGAGGCUGCGGGGAGCAGCAACCGCCGCCAGGGGCGCGUGCCCGGGGCCGAAGUUUGUUUGAGGCGGAGUGUCCCGAGCGAGAGCUAGAUCUCUGCUUGGUUUCUGUUUCCUAAAGACUUUCUUAAAAUGUCUGACAUGAAGCAAAGAAAGAAAGCUGUUCCUUCACAGAAGCAUAAUGAAGAUCCACAAAAGCAGAGCGGUGAUGGAACAAUCUCAAGUCCCAGGAGCGGCAGCAGUAGUCAGAAUUCCUUUUGGAUAGACUCACAAACAGCCUUAAAUCUACUUUCCCUUGUUGCUUGUCUACUGCUGACCUGGUUCCUAUUUCAGCAGUCAGGCCAACUUGCUCACAUGGAAAAAAAGUAUCAUUUAUUACAGCUGGAAGCUGGAAAAUGCCAGGAUAUGGAAAAUAAAGUUAACUUAAUUUCUGAAAAGUGUGAAAAGACUCAAGACUUAAUGGAACAACUGGAAGCUGUUCAAAUAAUUUCUCAUGUUAAACAUCUACAAGAGGAUCUCCAUGGCAUGAAAACAUGGUCUAAGAGCAUAAUCCAAAAAAAAGAACUAAUGCAGGAGAACUUAACAACUCUUUUUCAUGCAGUUUUAAAAGUUGAGCAGAGUACAGCUUCUAUAGCAAAAGAUGUAUCUCUAAAGAUUGCAACAGUAAAAACUGACAUAAGACGUAUUUCAGGUCUAGUGUCAGAUGUGACCUCACUGACUGAUUCUCUGCAAGCACUAGAAGAUAAAGUAGAUAAAGCUGAAAAGAAGACAGUACAAAGUAUAGGUGAUCUACUUACAAGUAGCAUUGACCGUACUGCAAAGCUACGAAGUUCUGCCUCUGAUAACGCAAAAAGAAUUGAACAGCUUAGAAUCACAUUGUCUGACCUGAGAGGUGAUUUCAACAAACAUUCAGAUAGGCUUUUAAAUCUGGAAAGUACCAGAGCAAAAGUUCUGAAGACAGUUACAUUUGCAAACGAUUUAAAACCCAAGGUGUACAACUUAAAGAAGGAUUUUGCCCGUUUGGAACCAAUGAUAAAUGAGCUAACAUUAAGAAUAGGAAGGUUGGUUGAUGAUAUAUUACAAAGAGAGAAAGAAAUUGUUUUCUUGAAUGAAAAACUGUCCAAUUUAACUACAGUUCAGACUGAGAUCAAGGAUAUGAAAGAUGAAAUAACCAAGAUUUUAGAUAUAAAUUAAUUACUUCCUGAAACUAUAGAUGGCCUAAAAUGCAGUAGCAUUUGAAGAGCGAUAACCUAAUCAAGCUUAGUACUAAGACACUGAAAGAGAGGUGUAAUUUAAAGGCUUCUUUUCAAAGCAUACUGAAACAAAUUUAGAGGUCAAGCCUCCUUCUUUUGAAGUGAUGAAAGUCCCAUUUACAUCAGAGGGACCCAGAACAGGUUCUUCUUAGCGAAGCAGGGUUUUUUUCAUAACUAAAGUAGAAUAUUUUUACAUAAUUUUAAAAAUGUAAACGAUUUAACUGAUAUUUUUGUUCUUACCUACAAGUUUGCUUUCUUGUCUCAGAUAGGCCUACAGAUUGACAAGUGGGUCUUCAACCUUCCCUACUGCUUUGAAGUCAGGGAUAGAAUUGUGGAUUCCAGAUUCAGGCUUAAACACAAGUUCACAAAACUGUAGCUUCAUUUGAUUUUCCCAAAAUGUCUGGGGUUUCAUUUUUAUUUUAAAUCGAUCAGUGUGUUAUGGAUAUAGAAAGGAGUAAUGGCCAGAAAUAAAUUAGUGUUAUCUCUGAAAAGGGAAGAUGGUUAGACAUUUUCCAUGUUAAAUGCACAAUAUUAUUUUUAGCAAACUAAAUGGAAUCCUUUAUUCAGGACUGUAGUCACAACGGAGUAGAGCUCUAGGAUUUCUUUCUACAGCAGAGCAGAACUCUGUGUAGGGACAGUGUCGUGAAAGAGGUACUAACCCUAGCAGAGGGCCCUCAUUCCAAUGUCUUUGGGCUCCCUGUCUGAGAGGCCUCUGCUCUUCAUUUGUCCCCUACAUGCACUAUCACUUGAUCUGUAAAAGUGCUAGACUGAAGACCAAAUUUAGCACAGGAGACAUUGUCUAGGCUCAGAAACAUCAAAACAUCCCCCAUCCGAUGUGAUAUUGCUCUGGUAAGAGAAGCAUUUAUAGAGCCAUUGAGAUUUGAGAAGGGCAGGUAAGAGUAAGAGAUGGAAGAGGUGUACUAAAGGCAAGAGAAUGUGAAUAGAUGUACCAGAGGCGAGGAAAUAAAAAGCCAUGGUAUAAGAACAGCAAUGUUUAUGAAGGAAAUAGAUUGAGAGAGGUAAGGUACAGCACUUGAGAAAAUCCUUGUAAGACCAAAUCACAGCCAGAAGUCUUAGGGAAUGCUAAGGCCCCCAGAACUUGAUUGUUUAGCAGUUAGUAAGUGCUAGUUGACUUUUUUUGAAGUUACUAUAUAUGGAUCCAUUGAAAAUUCCAGUCAUUCUCCCCCUAUAUUUUCAUCCUCUUUCCAUUGUCUCUGUCUUUUUUAUUCCAUGUCCCUUCCCAUAUGGUUGCUCCAUCUAGCUUUUUCCUCUUUCACUGGUACCUCUCCACUACUCUGCUUCCCUUAUCUUUCCUUCAAAUAAUACUCUAAAUAAGUUGGUUAUUUUUCCUAAAGUCAUACAAUAAAUUAUUUUGAAAUGAA